ACGUACGAGAUUAUGACGUUAACAGUAAAAUACAAAUGGCAUCCAUGCCAUGAAUGUAGAGUCCCCAAGUUAGACCAUUGGGGGAGUGGAGAUGCCGAUAUAAAUUUGAACCAUCAAUUUCGGCAAUAUCUACUCCCUCACGCCAUAAAUGCCAUCUUGGAAUAAAUAUAGAACUAGACGCCAGCAUGAACACCUAUGUUAUCAGAGCCAGCACAAAUGUGACUCCAUCUGGGCAUUUCAAGCAUAGGAACAUGAACACUCACAGCAUCAAAGUCCUGGACAAGGUCCACAACUCCAACAAAGAUGACCGGAGCGUGCUCACCGCCACGGCCACAGUGAGACACAAGCGCAGCCAAAAGGUGGUGCCCACAGCGGAGGAUAUGCAGCCGCAUCGGAUGGACAGGAUCCUGAACCGAUGCCAGCAGGCAGAGCUGCUGUGGGCCCCUGCGAUGGAGGAAGAGGGUUUCAGCGUUGUGGACAACAUGUCCAUGGACGACGGAAACUUCCAAAUCACGAAACUGAAGAGUCAGAACCCUUACUAUGAUAGUGCCAAGCAUUCCAUCGACUCCAGAAAGACUGUCUGGCCCGGAAGGAUCUCACACGGCCAGGGUGACAGCCGCGAUCAAUCGUACUCUGCUCAUUACGACGAUAGUCAACAUCGCCCAACACAGCAGUUUCAAGUUUCUCAUAGCCUGAGCCCGAAUUACCCAAAUUGCAUGGACAGCUAUUGCCAAGUUCCCGAAGAAGAGUUGGUUAACAAUUUAUAUUUUCCGUCAAGCGAGAUGAAUACAGCUGAGGCCAGCAGGCAGGUUUCAUGGGAAGGAAGAGAAGGCACCCCAAUACCACUGGACUCGGGAUUUCAGAUGAACUCGGCCCAGGAUCACCAUACAAAUCUGAACGAGUUCCGAAGACAGAGCAAUAAGCCGACUGAUAUUGCUGCACAAGCAGCCACACCCUGCAUAGCACUGUGUUGCUGUUGCCGGCUCGCGCAACUAUCGGGAAUCGGUGAAAGUUGUUGCUUGGGGCUAAGGGUAAACGGAGAGCACCUACACUUACCUGUGCAUUAUCAUGAAACCAACCAAGUUAAUGCUGAGCCUAGAAUGAGUCAAGCACCUGCUGAAGAUAUCGGCUGCGAUGAAGACCCAUAUCAGAAUACAACCAGAAAAAGCAUGGCCCCAGAAAGCGGAUCCUACCCCGAUCAAAGCAGAAAAAGCAUGGCCCCUCAUGGCGAACCGUACCUCGAUCAAAGCAGAAAAAGCAUGGCCCCUGAAAGCGGAUCCUACCUCGAUCAAAGCAGAAAAAGCAUGGCCCCUCAUGGCGAACCGUACCUCGAUCAAAGCAGAAAAAGCAUGGCCCCUCAAGGUGAACCGUACCUCGAUCAAAGCAGAAAAAGCAUGGCCCCUCAAGGCGAACCCUACCUCGAUCAAAGCAGAAAAAGCAUGGCCCCUCAAGGCGAACUGUACCUCGAUCAAAGCAGAAAAAGCAUGGCCCCUCAAGGCGAACCCUACCUCGAUCAAAGCAGAAAAAGCAUGGCCCCUCAAGGCGAACUGUACCUCGAUCAAAGCAGAAAAAGCAUGGCCCCUCAAGGCGAACCCUACCUCGAUCAAAGCAGAAAAAGCAUGGCCCCUCAAGGCGAACCCUACCUUGAUCAAAGCAGGAAAAGCAUGGCCCUUCAUGAUGAUCAAACCAGAAAUAGUAUGGUUCCUUACGGCGAUCAAACAAGAAAAAGCAUGGCCCAUCAUGGCGAUGCUUAUCACGAUCAAAUCAGAAAAUGCAUAGCCUCUCAAGCCGAUCCCUACCUCAAUCAGAGAAGAAAAAGCAUGGCGCCUAACGGCGAUCAAACUAGAAAAAGCAUAGACCCUCAGGUUGAUUCUUACCAAGACCAAAACAGAAAAAGCAUGGCUACUUAUGGCGAUCUAACCAGAAAAAUCACGUCUCCUUACCACGAUCAAAGCAGAAAAAGCAUGGCCCAUCCUAGCGAUCAUUACUACGAUCAAAGCAGAAAAAGCAUGGCCCAUCCUAGCGAUCAUUACUACGAUCAAAGCAGAAAAAGCAUGUCACCACAUCGUGUCAAUUCUCCGCAGUUUAAUGAUGAUCAAUACGCUAGAACCAGGAAAAGCAUGUCCCCAGACGGCUUUUCUUUCCGAGAUCAAAACAGCAAAAUCAUGUCCCCUCAGGGUGGUUCUUACUACGAUCAGAGCAAAAGAAGUAUGAACCCUCCUCACGAAACUGGCCAUUCUCCGCAAUUGGAUGAUCCCUACCAAGAUAGGGUCAAAAAAAGCAUGACCCCUCAAAAUCUGCGCUUUGAGGAUGAUCCCUACCAAGAUAAAGCCAGAAAAAGCGUGAACCCUAAUCUUGACCAACCAGGUUAUUAUAGGAAGAGUCAUGCUGUACACCAAGAAGAAUUUAGUUAUGCAGACCAACCCAGGAAGAGUCGGAUGUCUCGCCACGACGAUCGGAGAUCAGAUUGGAAUGUCCAAGAACAGUUCUUGUCACAAGGUUACACUGAAGAUCCAGGUCUCGACUCUUCCAUUCAAUGUGCCAUGUCGCAAGAUGAUUUAAAAAACACAGGCUGUUGCCUUCCAUACAUUGUGACUUCGUGUUCUCUCCACAACGGAGGUAACCAGCUCAAAUGUCUCCAAGAGCACUGCAAUCAUACAGCAAACUCGUGCUACGGCCAGCGCGAAUACGCCCUUCACUCAGCUGGCCCGUGCAAAGGAUCCAAUGAAUCAGUUUGCGAGCCGAGGAUGGCGCAGGACGCGUGCAAUCACAGCUACGACUUCAGCGAAGGCGCGGGCCUGGUGGAGGAGUACGCCAGCACAAAACCGCCUGACAACGUGAAGCCGGAUGAAAUGGCGAAAGCGAAAAUAGUUAUUAAACCUUUCUGUGAGCCCAAAUACAGCACAUCGUCAUCCUCCGCGGGACUUGGUCAAUCACAGAGUCAAAACGGCUUUCGCGUCAAGUCUUACGUGCACGGCGGUAGGGUCAGCCCGAAACCCGAGCCCAAAAUCUCGGCUCAGGCGCCUAAGGGCACGCAGACGUCUUAUCAUUGUUCCAGGACGCUGUCUAGGCUUUUCUCGCCAAAAAUUACGCACCCUCACCAUCCCAACACUGGGCGCUCAAGGAACCCCACGUCUAGCUCAAGGGACGAACAAGAAGUGGAUUUGAACCAGGUGACCAUAAAAGUAUCCACGAGACAGAAGCCGAUCGCCAGCGAAAGUCAAUCCAAAAACCCCACAAGAAUUAAAGUGAAUACCAAAAGAUAUCACAGUUGAAAUACCCAGAGCUUGUUGUUUUUUCUUCCCUAAAUCUGUAUUUCGGUACAGCUUGCAAUAACGUAUAUUAAACCUGAGAUAGUCUACUAGCAUAAAAAAAUCGAACCCAGAAUUUGAAAGGUUGAUAACAAUCUAAUUGUGGAAUAGGAUUACCAUCAUUCCAUUCCGUUUUUCUCAGGCUGGUUAGCCUGUUUCAAUGUUUCAGUAUAGAUGAAGCGUAAACGUAUUUUAAAGCGAAUGUAUGUUACUGUUAUACCUGAAUAAAUGUACAAGAUUGAAGCGAU